UUGGCUUCGCGUCAUGGGCUAUUGACCCGUAGCCCUUGCGGGCUACGGGUCUAAUUGUUAACUAGUAUGUUUUCUAAGGACUGGCCAACGUAAUGUAAGGUAUUUCCAAUAAAAACAAAGGACGGGGAAAAAAUGUAAUAUUUUUGUGAUUUUUUCUGCUUUUGUAAAAGUAGAAAAAAUAUAAUCUAGGCCAAGAGAACAAGCUUAGUUUGUCACUCACUGCUCUAUGUACACUUGGUCAUCAUUUUUGUCUCAAAAUACUUUUAGAUUUUUACUGUGUCUAGUUGAGUAGGUUAGUUGUAUUUAGACUGUAAACAUAAAACUUAACCCCAGAAUGUCAAAAAUUUGACAUCGAUCAAUGUAGAUAUUCUUUGAAGUGUUUAUCAAGGCUUGUCUGAAGUGAGUAAUGAGAAACUGCACUUUGAUCAUUGUGUGUGUGUCUGUCGUGUUCCACUUGGAUUCACUAGGCGCUGAAGGCGACAGCCACUGGUUCCAGAGGGGAAUGCGGUGAUAGCGUGAUUUUCUGUUUCCAGCGAAGACUUUCUGUUUUACUUCUCUGGCACAAGGCAUUUUAUUCCGGUCAUUACAGGAAUGUAUAGACGGUUUCGUGAAUUCUUUGAGAAUUUUCAGAUUCAUGUCGCGAUCAAUUGAUCGCGAAAACUGCGAAGAUCAUGGUGGCUUCGCGUUUGCGGCAUGUUGAGCUGCCACAUGACAAGAAAGAGAGGUGGUUAAAGCUAAAAGAUCUUUAUUCUGAGCUAGAGGGUGUGCAAACUGCAAACGAUCUUGCAGUGACUUUGCAAAGAAUCUUUGAAGAAGCUAAUAAUGACACUCAGAAACUCGCUCGCGAACGUUCGAAAGAUGCUGUGGAUUCCUUCGGGCCAAACUGGCAUUUUAAAGGCUUGGAGGUAUUUCUCGAGGAGAUCGCUACCAGAGAAGAAAGUGAAACGUUUUUUAAGACAACUCUGCCCUUCAUCGUCACUUUAGCUUCGAGUAUUGAGGAGUUUGCUCCAAGUGAAGGCAUUUUGCUCUGCUCGCAGCUGCAAGGUAUGUCCUGUGAGUCGAAGUAUUGUUUACAAUCAUGUCAUUAUUAUGUUGUCCAAAUGAUACCUUCAAUUUCAUUGAAAACAAUCGGAGUCGACGAACUUUGCUUGUUGGAGAUUAGGAAUUUAAUUUGCACAACCUUCUCUGAUCAGGAAGUUAGUUUAGUAAAGGAGGAUGUCCAACAAACCCAGGCUGCUAAGCUACGAUGUUUAAUCCACUAUUUUGAGAGACUUUGUAAUGAGUGGCCAGAUAUUGGUGGAAGAGUGUUUUACUGCCGACAGGUCAUACCCAGCAAGUCACUUCCAACGCUUGACGAUUGGAUGUCAUGUGAUCUGCCUCUGUGUCCUGUGAUUGUUGAUAACGAGACGUCUAUUGAAUGCUCUGGGGAACACAUGCUCCAGGUUGACUUUGCAAACCGUUAUAUUGGAGGUGGUGCACUGGGUGCAGGUCAUGUGCAGGAAGAGAUCAGGUUCUGUAUUAAUCCUGAAUUACUUGUGGCUCUGCUGUUCAUGGAGGCCAUGCAAGAUAAUGAAAGCAUCAUGAUCAGGGUCAGUUCAAACUCUUCGUUUGUGUCCGAAUGUAAGUUUGUUCCAAUUCUGUUUUCCUUUGUAGAUGAUGACAGUAACGAGUCCUUUGCUGGGAGUGUGAAUUCAUCAGGGGAUCUCGUGGUAUCGUUGGAGGAUCUCGUUGCAUCAUCGGAAGAAACGGGAAGUAGCAUGGAACAAUCUUUGACACAAGACGUCCCGGAAAUCCAGGAAUUUAGCGAAAAACUUGUCGAUCUUGCGCUCUCUCAAGCCUUGGAUGAAGUGAAAUCGAACAAAGAUUGUGCAUUAUUUCAAGACGUUGUAGACGGCGACGUUGUAACAAAAGUGAUGAAAAAGUCGUUGAUCGAGGUGUUCGGAGGUUCGCCAGAGAAAGCUCGGGUAUAUUCGGAAAGCCUUCUCCGUCCGUCGCCAAUCCCGAAGUGCUUGUCGCGGAACAUCAGCGGUUCAAGCACCCCACUAGUUCCCGGGACGCCUCCGUCCUCACCGGCCAUUUACGACCUAGAACAGACAUCGUUUGACUCAGAUCGGCUUCGUAAUACUCUUUGUUUAGACACAAGCCCGGCUAAGGGUGCAGCAUUGUCCCUUUCGGCGAAAAGUUUUGCUGAUUCGCUCUCCAAUUCUCUAAUGUCGUGUAUUGAGCUGACGUCAUCGCUCGCCACUGCCAUAGCAACCACGGCUACCUCGCCAGGACACGUGGCCGCGGGUACCAAAGAAGUGUUUCAGAAGAGCCCCAAGAAAUUAGGGUCUCCUGUAAAGAAUGGUGAUAGUCUUAUUUCUUUUUUGACUCGUAAAGUUUCCAAACCCGAGACACCACCAAGACAAAGUUACUCAAAUGGUUUUAAUAUGUCUGAAUUUGUAGAGGACUUAUCGUCGUUAGUCAGCUCAGCAAAAGUUGAAAGGUUUGCCACAGGAAAAGAUAGAACAGACAGCUGUGUAGAGAUCGCUAAUCCUAAGCAAAACCUUUUGGAAGAAUUUGAUCGAAUUGAUCAUGUAGUGAAAAGAAAGGAAAGUGAUGAAAAAUUUUACAUCUCAGAUGCAAAGCUGUUUGAGUCGUUAGCGACGAAACUAUCAAGUUUAAUUAUUGAAUCAGCGAUCCAAUCUUCGAUUUACACAAAAGAUGAAAGAAACGAACAUGAAAUGGAUGCGGUGGAUUUCGUCGAUGAAAACAAACCAUUAGUUUCCGACACAGGGAAUACAACUACCUAUAGCAGUAGCUCAGUUAAGAUCACGGACAACAAAGACUUCUCUAAUAUUCUCAAUGGCCAUGUAGAUAGUCUUCUUGUGGAAACAAUUUCAUCCGCCCUCGCCGAGGCUGCAGAAUAUUGUGUGGAAGAAACAUUACAUGAAUUCUCUUCAUCCGCUGUGGAUGGUGAAGAAGAGCGAGUUGAAAAGAACGGAGAAAGUGAUCACAACACACGAGAAAUCAGUGCAUUGGGCGAGAGUGACGUAAGGUCGUCAGAAUCUUCAGAGGACGAACAGAGCGACUUGAAUGAGGUGGACAAGUUCUCUUCUGAUAACGCCUUAGGCGUUUAUUCCUCGGAAGUUCCAGAAACUGUCGUUCAGACAGCGGAGAAACUUUCCCAAGAAAUUAUAUGGCAUGGAGUGACACAGGCGUCAGAGAUAAUAAAGGAGAGAUCAGAGAAUGCGACAAAAGAAGGUGAGCGAUGCCGACGGGAUGAAAAACAACUUCAAACUGGCUCGACGGAAGGGUCGCCUUCGUUAUCAGAUGAAGACGUAAAUGACGAACAAACUCUGAAUGAAUUCGCGGAGCUUUUGAGUACUUUAACAGUAUGCGGAGCUGUUAAAAUUGCAGAGGCAUCUUUAGAGGCCCCCACCGGGGAAUCCCGGGUACGCCCCGUUGCAACAGGGAACUGGGGAUGCGGGGUGUUUAAAGGGGACCCAGAACUCAAAGCUGUCAUUCAGUGGGUGGCUGCAUCUGCUGCUGGGUGUCCUGUGGUAGUUUAUCACACUUUUGGUGACCGGAGAAUGUCACGGGUAAGUUGCAAGAUUGCAUUUCUUUUUUUUUUUACAUUCUCUUGCCCCUUGUUCUCCUGAGUUCCUUUCUUUUCCCGCGCUCGCAGUGGGUUACAUUUUUCCGCGGGUUUCAUGUUUUCCCGCGCUUGUUACCCGCGCUUCUCAAAGGUUUUAAAAUGUUUGCUCGAGCCGCGCUGAGCGAAUAAAUAUUGUAUUGCCGAUUCCUAAUCUUUGUUUCAAAAUUUUACGAUUCGAGAGCUAAGACUUACUUUUAUUGAUCUAGAAUCGUUG